GCCAACAGCUGAGGUAUUGUAUUACGCCCGAGGAACCUGACUAGCCUAUAAUAGGACAAGGGCGACACAAAGUAACCCGACUGGUCACGCUCAGAUAUGACGCGGAAAUUAAGAGCACCGACAUUUGAUUUGACACCAGAAAUUUUGGUCUCAAGUUAUGCCAGAAGACAGCGUGGAGUUCGACCUGUAACGGGACUGUGGAUUUAAACUUCAAGUUUAGGACCUUCUGAAUUAUGGAGCGACUCUGUGCGCAGUGUAACAGGUCGUAAUGCCGCACGAUUGGACGCUUGACUGAAGGAAGGGAAAGACCUGGGAUUUAUUAAUGCUGUAUUAAGAGAUUACAAGACAUGUGAAAUGAUUCAUUAUGCUGACAUGCCAAGAAUCAUGUCAUAGCACUGUGACCACAGACUUGGGCCCUUUUUCUCUCAUCGUGAAUGUUACUGCUUCAUCUGGAUACUGAUGGGUGUUUGUGCUGCCAGUCUAAAGAGGCUCCACCAUGGGAUGUGUACAGAGUGUAAAACACAAGCCAAGUUUUCAUGAGAACAUCACGGUCCUGGAACUGCAAGCCUCCAUUGAUGCCAGUCCGACUGUCAUCGAUGAGUCAUCUAAUGUGGUUCUGCGAUACCGCACGCCUUACUUCAGGGCAUCAGCUCAGGUGCAGGUGCCACCCAUGCUUUGCAAAGAGAUCUGGACCGUUGGCUGGAUCCAGGCUUGCAAUCAAAUGGAUUUCUUCAAUAUAUAUGGGAAUGAAGGAGUAUCCAGCUGGGAGCUCCCAGAGCUGAAAUGUGGGCAGAUCCAGGCCAUUAGUGAUUCAGAUGGUGUGAAUUACCCCUGGUACGGCUGCACCACUGAGAUGUACACAAUAGUGGGUCCCACUAAGAAGAGUACCAAACUCGCCGUCAGCAUGAAUGACAACUUCUGCCCAAGUGUGACGUGGAGUGUCCCAGUGGGCACCACCAGCAGUCCCCCUCUCCUGAGCUCCAUCCAGAGGGACCAACGCUUCACCACAUGGCUAGUGGCCAUGAACGAAACCACAGCUGAGAUGGUGCUACUCCGAACCAUCCGCUGGAGGAUGCAGCUCUGCAUUAAAGUGGAUUCAAUGAAGCCUCUGGGUCAAAGAGCCACAGUUGUGGAGCCACUGAUCCAGGAACAGCCUCAAGUCCUAGUUAAAAAUCAACCCAUCCCAACAAAUGCCUUGCUUAAGCCUAAUGCCAAUGAUGCCCAGGUUCUAAUGUGGCAGCCUAGAAAUGGGGAGCCCAUUGUGGUCAUACCCCCAAAAUAUUGAUCCCAUGAAGGAUAUUUACUUCCAAUUUGAACUGAAAUGAUUCAGUAAUGCUCAGUUAAAUGAAGAAUGGCAUGGAGGGAGUGAGUGAGAAUAAUAGUCAACAGGGUUACCGAUUUAAAGUUUUAAAGGAACGAAAAUGUAUUAUUUGUGUAUUUAUUGAUGGUUGAUAGGCUGUUUGAAAGGAUAGUCCACCUAAAAGUGAAAAUGCUCUCAUCAUUUCCUCAACCUCAAGUCAUUCCAAACCUGUAUGACU